AUGCCGUGGUUAGUUGCGGGGGACUUCAACGAAAUCGUGUUCUCGUUUGAAAGGCAGAGUGGUCGGCUUCAUUCGGAAAGGAAUAUGGCAGGCUUCCGUGAUGCGUUGAGUGAUUGUGAUCUUGCUGAUCUGGGGUUCAAGGGCAACUGGGCGGUUGCGAAUUCGAGUUGGUGGCUUUUGUUCCCGGGGAAUUUAGUCACUCAUCUUGGCCAUUCGAUUUCCGAUCAUUGCCCUGUAUUAACAGAAACGAAGCAGUAUCAGUUUGUUGGUGUUGGUCCACAACUUGCUAAAUUUCGGUUUGAUGCAAACUGGGUCUUGGAGGAAGAGGCCGAGCACAUCAUUAAGAGCUGUUGGGUGUCUGCAACCGAGACUGUUCCUGAUCGACUUGAUAAAUUGGUUCGUGAGUUGGCUGCUUGGAAUGCCAGUCGAAAGCGUAACACCAAGCGCAGGAAAAAUUCUCUACAAGAGCGGCUUUGA